AUGAUACCUGGCCAGGCUGAGCGCCAGAAGAGCACACAGCAAACCGCCAACCGCAUGCUCCCGAUCGAUGAGUUUGCGUCCAAGCCACCCCGCAAGGCGUAUGUAGGUAGCCUGCCUCCUCAGCUACCGCACCGCCCUCUCUUAUCCCCUGUGCGCGUCUGCUACAGUGCAGCGUGUUGCCUCGGCUCGCCCAGCCAGGUCCCCAUUGUUAAGCCAGCGUGCCCGCUGUUAGCACCGCAGGCCUGGCUGGUGGGGCCCGCCCCCAUCACCUGGGGCGCUAUCGAACUUAGCCGCGCUGUGGGGUCCAAGGUACCAAUUUUCGCAAACCUCGUUUCUUGCAUAUUCACAGAGGGACCUGGGGGACGGGCGCGCGCCAGCGGUGCCCAAUCAGAACGAGCAGAACGAGCCGCCGCAAAGAAAAAUGCCAACCCGAUUUCGUAUACUCCCACUCCCUACCAUCAGGCGGGAUUUGGCAGACUGGCCGCUGCGAUUGAGAGCAGCCCUGGUAUUGCGUCUUCCGAGGACACAGGGAAACCAUUCCAAGCCAUAUAUCGCCGCCGACCCCAGCCAGACCUGCCACUGGGCUAUACAGCCAAGAUCAUGGUUUCCAAAGAAAAGAAGCCCCCAAAGGGCCGCUCUGUCAAGGAGCGCGCCCAGGAUGACUUGGUCAUGUCGACAAAUAGUAGCAGCAUUGUCUCUAAGCGGAGUGUUGAGCGCAUAUACUACCCAGACGAGCCACACUUCUUCCGCUUCUUCGUCAAGAAGUUUCAAAGGCGCUCGCCUCUGAUCAACAGGGGCUAUCACCUCAGGCUGCAUGUCAUUGAUGUUGCAGUCCGAAACUUUCUGAAACGACCCUCUGCUAAGACAAAGGUUGUCAUCAACCUCGGUGCUGGCUUUGACGUGCUGCCCUGGCAAUGCCUCACCAGGUAUGCUGAUGACUGUAAAGACGUCAUCUUCGUCGACGUCGACUUCCCUGAUCUUAUGACAAAGAAGCGAAACGUUGUGAACGAGACGGCCGAGCUCAACUCCAUACUGACCAACCUGCGGCACCCGGACGAUCCCGUCUUGAUGCUGCAGAGUGACCAGUACGUCCAGAUUGGGUGCGACUUGCGCGAACUCGACCGCAUUCGGCUGGCAAUGGAAAAGGUCGUCAGCAUCAAUGACUGCGAGUUUAUGUUUGUUGCAGAGGUUUCCAUCACUUACAUGGAAACCCAGGCCGCCGACUCAGUCAUCCAGUGGGCCAGUUCUCUUGGACAAGCUGAGUUCUGUCUAUUGGAGCAGAUUCUCCCAGACGGCCCAGACCACCCUUUCGCCGAGACAAUGUUGCGCCACUUCGACAAGCUGAAAACUUCGCUCAAAUCAGUAGCAUCGUAUCCGGAUCUCGAGGCCCAGAAAACACGUUUCAUUUGUCGCGGGUGGCCGGAUACGCACGUUGAAACUCUGUGGAGCGCAUGGUCCUCUGAGAAGUACCUAUCGUCACAAGACCGGCAGAAGCUCAAUGAGGUCGAGCCAUUUGACGAAUGGGAAGAAUUCGCCAUUUUCGGUGGUCACUACUGUGUUGUGACUGCACGAACAAGCCAACCAGCCGCCGAAACGCCAAGAGGCAAUGUUAUGUCACUAGAGAAUAUACCCAGCCUCCAUGUCGCUUCGCAAUUCGGCGACCGUGGUAAACCAUGUCACCGACGUUUUGGAGCCUCAAUGGCACUGGAAAAUAGUACCGGAGACCAAUUCAUUGCUGACGCAUUUGGGCUCGGGAAUACCAGCCGCCUCAAGUCUCUUGACCUAUACCGUUCAGAUCGAACAGUCAGAAGUGUGAACCUGGCCUCCACUGGGCCACCAAGCAGGAUGUGUCACUCAAUUGUGGACUUGGGCAUCCACGGAAAUCUUCUCGUCGGCGGUCGAGGGUCGCCUUCGAGCCCGCUGAAGGACUGCUGGCUCUUCGAUAAAGCCAGAAAGUCUUGGUCCCAGGUUCACGACCUCCCGACGCCAUUGUAUCGACAUGCCGCCACCAGGCUUGCCAGUUCAGGUCUGGCUCUCGUUGUAGGCGGCAAGACAGGCUCUGCCUCCGUCUUCGGCGGCUGCUUGAUAUACGACCCCGAGAAAGGAUGGAUCGAGUGUGAAAUUAAAUCAGAGCCGAAGUAUACCCCCGCUUCUGGCGCAAUUCUGGUCUGUACCGGGUCAACCUCAACCGGUUCGCUCAGUGAGGAUUCUACAUCAGUCAUCUAUCAGGGUAUCUUGGCCGGUGGUCUUCUCGAAGAUGGCACCAUGGCCACACAAUCGUUCUCCUGGGAGCUCAAACAUUCGGAUGCAUCAGGGCCCACCAUCACAUUCACCCCGAUUACCAACUCCGAUGAAAAUGGUCAAGACACUGGAAUUCCCAGUCUCCUGAGGAGAUACGGUUCGAGUGCGGUUCUUGAUCAGCAAGGCCACCUGUUCGUUAUUGGCGGAAUUGUCGAAGAUAAAGUCAUUCCCCAUGAACUUGAGAUUUUGCUGCUUGACAUAACAGGUCCACAGCUCAGACUUUUGGGGGCUGGUACAGCCGAUUACGUGUCAGAUUCGGCAACAGACACCAUUCCUCGGCCGUUGCUGAUAGGAAUGUCUACAUCGCAAAUUGCCGAUGGACGAGUGUUGAUCACUGCAGGUGGUGCAACCUGUUUCUCGAUGGGGACGUACUGGAACAAAGGUUCUUAUACCUUGAAAUACCCUCGCACACACCAAGCAUCUACGGAGACCCUCGAGUAUCGGAAUACUUGGAUAUUUCAUGAGACGGUCGAGCUUGCGGACAGCUCUGUCUCCCAGCUGAAUGGAAAGCUGGACAGUCUUGGUUUGAAGCCAUCGCUAGUCACUAUCCCCAGGGUUCGACUUGACUCUCCAAAGGCUUUCACGGAGGUCUUAAAAGCGGGCAAGCCAGUUGUCAUCGAGCAAGCGAACCUUGGGUGUUGCGUUCAAAAGUGGACACCCGCUCAUCUUGUCAACCAGAUUGGAGCCGACCGCAAGGUCACCGUUCAUGAGGCCACUACGGCCAAGAUGGAUUUCAACACCAAAAAUUUCAGCUACGUCACCAAGGGCUUUGGAGCAUUUGUCCAGGAGCUCGAGAAUGGGGGCAAGAUGUACCUCCGGGCUCUCUCUGAGGAGCAGCCGGCCGACAGACCUGCAAACCUGGGUGAGGACUUUCCCCCUCUCGCAGAAGAGUUCCAACUACCUGCCGAAUUGUCAUUUGUUACGGAAAAUAUCCACAGCUCCGUUUUGCGAAUGUCUGGGCCAGUCAACAUGUGGCUUCAUUACGAUGUGAUGGCCAACAUCUACUGCCAGAUAGUCGGCUCAAAACGUCUGAUUCUUUUCCCGCCAACCGAUGUCACCGAACUGUCUUUCGGUCCCGGGGCCUCUAGCUCCAGCAUCAACGUAUUCGCCGAGCUUGAGACCACGUCCCUGGCCAAUACACAUCCUCAUGAAGCAGUGCUGAAUCCCGGAGAUGUUCUAUUCCUGCCGCCCCUUUGGCUGCACACAGCAGCACCACAAAGCAACCUUGGUGUAGCUGUGAAUGUUUUCUUCCGCAACUUGGAAGGCGGUUACUCCUCUGGCCGCGACGUUUACGGAAAUCGUGAUCUCGCUGCCUACGAGAAGGGGCGCCAAGACGUAGCACGGAUAGUCAACGCUUUUGGAAAAGUUCCUCACGACAUGAAGGAGUUCUACGUGAAACGGCUGGCCGAUGAGCUCUUGACUAAGCUGCAUGACUAG